AGUACUUCCGGGUUUGUGUCCAAUCACAGAAGACGACCGUCGCGGCUCCACAAGCAGCGCCCAUGAGACCGAAACGGCGGAGCGAGAAGAGCUUUAGAGAACGGAAGCUCCGUUUGGAAGACGACGACGACGACGACGAGAAACACUUCCUAAAACUCGUCCUAACUAGCAGAGAAACAUGCCAAAGCUGGACACCCUGCUAGCAGAAAGACUCCGAUCAGAGUUAAUGCUUCAGCAGCAGCUGAAGGCCCUGAGUGAGGCCCUCAGGCAGCAGCUGCAGGAGACAGUAACAAGACAGAACGAGGAGCUUGAGAGGAGGAUUUAUCAGAACUCUCUACUGUCAGAGUCCGGUGAUCAAAGUAAACUGAAACAUCAGGUCAAACAUGUAGGAAUGAGGAGAUCCACCUCUACUUCUGCCCUGACAUCAGGCAAAAACACCUUGCUGCAUCCCAGACAGUCAGAGAGCCCCAAAUUAUCUUCUCCAGCCUGGGUAUCUUCAAAGUGGAAGAAUAGUUCAGACAGAGCUCCCAUGCUCAUUCCUGCCAGGACUCAACAAUGUGAGCCGUUUGCUUUAUCUAAGACAACACAGUUGAGGAAAGAGGAGGAGGCUGAGGCCGAGUGUCAGAGGAAGUUCUGCGCUCACCCAGUGCCCAGCCACGUCAUCCAGCCCCUCUAUCAGAAGAUGAUGGAGCUGAAGGAGAAGGACAGGAACCAGGGGCAUGAGCAGAGGAGGGACUUCUUGCUCUCCAUUCAGCGACCUUUCAGUUUCCAGGAGAGAGAAAAGGAGAAAAAGGAGAAGAUAACAAUGUUAAACCAAGUCUCGCACAAAAACAAGACUGUUACUGUUAGGAAACCUCCUCAAAAAGAGGUUAAAGACGUGUCAGAUUCUGAGCUGAAAGACCAGGAGCUUUGCAGUCAAGUCCCCACCCAGACAACAGUGCGACAUAUGCAUCCUGCUGUCUCUGGCAGCCCGAAACUUCGCACUGCUGAGCGCACCAGGAAAGAAAAGUUAGGCUUCCUGGAUGAGAGGCCCAGCUUCCAGCCAAAAAUCAUCCAUCAGGUUCCUGAUUUCAGUAGGCUGCACAAAGCCCUGCAGACCGAGGCGCUGAGAAAACCACAGAGUAAAGAUGUGAUCAAAUGUCAGCCCUUCUAUCUGAGGACAUCAGCUCUCCCUGCAAGACAAAGUAGGACGAGCCCUGAAAACCCACAGGUUCCAAAAGCAAGGAAUCUCAGCAGAAGCAAGUCACUCGGGGCCUUAACGUCACUGUCGGCAGACACACUCCCCACAUACAUCACAGAUGCUGCGAGGAAGCGCUGCACGGCCAUCAGAAAGUCAAUGGAGAUGAGGGAUAGCAAGAAUCAAGAGAGUGCCGACUGGCUGAGGAAGUACCAUAUGAGAUCCCAGGCCAUGAAGAAGACAGUUGCACUGCACGCGAGGUUGCUUGACCCACACAGCAGCUUGAAAGACGUGUUUAACGGCCAACUACAGUACCAUCGGGAGGCUGAUCAACAAAAGAUGAAAGCGUACACGAGGGAGUUACGGGAUAUGAAGGCACGAGUUGGAGAGCGCCCUUUUUUGUUCGAACAGGUGAAGCAGAAAACUGCAAAGGCUCAAGCAGAGCAGACAUUCAGGAACAAGCUGAAGAUAGCCGGCUUAAAGGAGCUGUUUGUUGAAGAAAAUGGAGAAGCGGUUGAAGGAACAUCCUCAUCAUUCAGCUCUAAGGAGGAUACAGACAAGAACCACAGUACUGAGAAUCACAUUUGCAGCAGGGAAGAAAAUGUAGACGACGAGGAGAAAAUUGAAGAUGUGGAAGAGAAGAGCGUGAAGUCCAAAGGGGAAGAAAUGCCAUGAUCAAAAAGGUUCAGGCGGUCAAGUUUUUUAUGGCCUGUUCGCUAGAAAACAACACUGUCUUAAAAAAUGAUUCAUGUCCCGGCUAACUAUUCCCACCAAGCAUUUGAUGGUUUGAAAUGUGCAACUACAUUAUGAAAUGACAACAAAUCGGGACUUGACAAUCCUUUCAAACUAUGAGUACUGAUUAUAAGUAAUUCAUGUUUUAUAUGAUUUGAAUAUAUAUGUAUAUUUUUGCACUUUUGCUCAGGAAUAUGAACACAUUAAUGUUGAGGAUGAUAAUCACUUGGCUACCAGGAUGAACAGUUAAAAAACUGAAUGAGAACUCCAGUUGAGACCACUGUGUCUGUAAAAUUAAUCUGUGUUUUACCCAGUCGGAAUCAAAAAUCUUCUGAUAGCAUCAAAGGCAAAAGAUUACACUUCUGCCAUGACAAAUGUAAUCUGUUUUUGCUUUUUCUUUAACUCGGUUAAAACAAUCGUACAAAUGUAUGUACUUUAAUGGGUCAGGUCCCGUAAGGACACAAAGCGUCUGACGUGGCCUUUCUCAGAUGGAUGGGUUAAAGUUCCCAGUUAUUUUUACAGCCACACUGCCACCUAAACAAACAUCCUGCAUGGUGUAAAAUGCACAGAGACCAGUCCAGUGGUCCGUUCCAAGCACAUAGACCCACAUCAAUUACACUUGAACACUGGCCUCCGCUGGAAGCUUGUGCUUAGACAACUGACUUCCAGGAAUCCUAAAAAUCAUCUUUUACAAACAGACCACACGGGAAUGUCUGAAUAUGUUGAAAUGCAGUCAUGGAGGCCAGUACCUACCAUACGGUUACUUUUUGUAGGCCACUGUGUUAUGCAUUGAAGACAUAUAGCGGGCAAUGUUUCAGUUCAGAAACACAACAUCAUUUAAAAUGAAGUGUUUUGUCCGGCGGUAAGAUGAUUGAAGGAGUAGUUUGAAAUUUAGUUGAAAAGAGUCCAAUAUGUUACAUAAACCUACAGUACAAUUUGGUGCUGCCAGACAGCUGUUUAGGUAAUGACAGAGAAGAGAAAAUGUGACUACAACAGCAUUCACUAUUACAAAAUAAGCAUUUGAUUAAUUUUGCAUAAUUACAAAAAUAAUUUAAGUUGUAAUGCCAACAUGUUGCCACAUACUUAAAGAUGCAUCAAGAGUCCCUUCCUGAGCUCUCAAACAUCACAUGAUGAAGCUUCAAGGGCUUCAUCUUGGCAGGUUGUCAUGGGAACAGUUUAUCCCUCCGCUCUCUGCCUUGUAGUCCCUCAGGAGAAUGCUGCGCACCUCUGAUUCCCCCAGUGCACGGCUGAAAACCAGCCAAAUCUCUCCCAAUCUUUUAAAGAAGCUGUAGCGCUGCAAUGUUUGUAGAAGCUGCUCAGCCUCUCAGAUUAAUGAGAGGCUGAGCACUUCGCCACCAAUUGUUCUGAUCGCACUGUUUGAGGAGUGGCUCUACUUAGCAGAUAAGCAAUGUAAUUUCACUUAGGUGGUGAGUUUAGGUUUUUUAUUAUUCCAGCAACUCUUAAAUUCGAUUCCCACACAUUGAUGGGUUGCACAUGUGCAGCUGAAGACACCCUCAAAUAGACUUCCCUGUCACAAUGUCAGCCAAUUCCUAGCCUCACAUUUUCCUUGUCUGCUUACUCCCCCUGACAUGAACUCAUCCACUUGACAUUUCAUAUCCGGCUACUCCCUCCUGCCCUGCUGGAACCCCUGUGUUCCCCUUCACCUCACCUCCCCUGCCCAGCUGCACACCUGUUACCGCUGCCCCAUCAGCCCAGUAGUUUAUAUACUGGCCCAUUUCCCCGGCAGAUUAUCUGCAUACUUCCUUUUUAGGAGUCCAGCCAUUUUCCCUGCCUGCCUGAGUACCUCUGCCUGCCUUUUGGACUCCUGCUCUCGCAACUGAUCCUCUUUUGGAUACGUUUGGCUCAUCUAUUUUAACUUUUGCAUAUUUUUGAUCUCGGUUUACAUCAGCAAUUGGACUGCAGGACAUACCUCUGUGUUCUGGUUUGUCAGUCAUCUUUAUUUCCUGUAUAUCUUAAAUCUCUUGAUUUUAAAGUAAAAGUGCAAAGU